CUCCAGCAUGAGGGACAGGCACCAGGAGCACCGUGCAACUCUGGAGCCCAGUCAGCCAAUCUGUGAACCCCCCCAGCCAACCCAGUCUGCAGCCAGGCAAGGUGACCGGUCGCCUGGGUCUUCCACCCCCAAGAGGCUGGUGCAGGGAAAACCCCAGAGUGAGUCCAGUCACCACCCAUUCAAAGAGCGCCUGGCUGCUCUGGGGAAACUGAAGAGCACAGAGAACCUGCCAGUAGGUGCACAGCCCAUGGACAAGAAGGAUGUACAAAGUAACGUGGGUAAACCCCCCACCAACAAUAUUGAGAAAAGCAAGACUGCUGAAAGGCAAGGCGAGAGAACUGGGACAGAGCAGCACAGACAUCAGAAAUACACUGAUUCCCUGGAAGGGAAGCAAUACCCCAAAACCAGCCUCUGCAGUCACCCCAGGGUGCCAGGUCCAAUACAUGAAUCAGGCACCAAAUCAUCAGCUACCCCAUCAUCCAUACCCAAGGCUGAGCAGGAGUCAUCAUUCUCUCCCCGGAUAUAUGUAGCGAAAGCAGAUGGUCCAAAGAUCAAGAUGGGUACAUUAUCCUCCAAUACAGAGACCUCUUCGGUGGUUAGGAGCUAUGGGAAGUGCCCCAUCACCCGGAGCCACCACAGUAAAACUACCCCUAGCCCUCAAAACAGCCCCACUAAAGUUUCCUCAAAGUCCCCUUCAAAGGUCGGCCAGGCUUCCUCUUACCCCCGAGGGGUCAGGCCUGCUCACGAGGACCGCGCCCUGGCUCAGAGACACCUGCCCAGGCUGGAGGACAAAAGCAAACUCCUGGCCAGCAAGAAGAAGACCUUCGUCCAUGCAGAGAGCUUCCCGCCUCCUCCUCCUCUGCCACCGCGGUCGUCUACUGAAGCCAUCAUGAAAAACGACAAGAAGCAGUACUUGUCCGGCCCACCAGUGCCCCAGUCGGCCAUCGAGCAGAAAGUAAUGCGUGGCAUCGAGGAGAACAUGCUUAAGCUGCAGGAGCAGGACCGGGGCCAGUUGGUUGAGCCCAAGCAAAAGGCUUCCAACGGCAUCGCCAGCUGGUUUGGCCUGAGGAAGAGCAAGCUCCCCGCCCUCAGCCGUAAACCAGAAGUGUCCAAGCUCAAGAACAAUAUGUCAUCAUCUCCUUCGUCGUCCUCUGCCUCCGGCGGAGGGGCUAAGGACUUUAAGUCAGGUGGGCCCCGGAAGGUGGUGGAGAGCCUGAACAUCUCCAUGCUGAUGGAGAAGGCAGAGGACCUGCGGAAGGCAUUGGAGGAGGAGCGGGCAUAUGUGAACGGGGUCGGGAUGGACCGCUCUGGCAGGGGCCACUCCUGUGAGGUGGUGAUGGACCAGGCCCAGGGCCAACUGUCACUCAUGUACAGAGGAGUGACCGCAGACAACUUCAUGCAGCAGCUCCUCAACAGUCCCUCGACGUCUUGUUCUGGAAACAGGGUGGACGAGAGGGGAGCUAUACCUACUACCUUUGGAAUGGCACACAGACGCCUCUCCUUUGACUCGAAGAGGUCGCGGCCCAUCUUCGGUCACCAGAGGGAUGGGAUCAGCCACACAAAGAGCAGGGACGAGAUGGACCAGGCUUCUGAAAUGAUUGGCAAGGAUGAGGUCACAUCAGACGAGAGCUUGGCAGAGUCCAUUAGUUCCCAGCACAUUACAGGUUCUGGUGCAUCCAUGCGUACCCUCGACAGUGGCAUCGGCACGUUCCCUAUGCCAGACUAUGCCAGUAAUGCAGCAGGGAAGAGCAUCACUAAGGGGAAGUCACAGGGAGAGCAAGGGUUUUCAGGCUCCCAGGGGAAACAUGGGGCCAAGAUGAAAGUUUCGCGGAAAGCCCAUACGCUGGAGAGAGAGCUGUCAUCUCUGGAUGAAGUCAACCCAUCUAUCCUGUAUGGCUCAGGACUGGAGGGAAAAGGUCCCAACAUGCACCUGUCCAGCACCAUCCAUGAGGACAUUGAUGCCUACGGGGCUCAUAUGCAAAAUCCCCCAACCAAGGACUGGACCUUUCCCAACCUGAAAGGCUCUGCAGGAGUCAGUGAUGUUUACCUGGAUGUGCAGGGAGACCCAGGCAGCCAGAGGACACCCUCCAGAAGGAGUUUGAAACAGUGUGUCCCCCAGGGCCCCCUGGCUGCUGACCCAUGCAGCCUCCCCUUGCCACCCCAGACGGGGCUCAGCACACGGGGUAAGGGGAGGAUGCCCAGUGCCCCAGAGGUGGGGAAGGACGGAGGGCUGGAGCUGGUGAAGGAGAGACCAGAAGAUAUCAUGUCCCCGAGAGAGACGCCCGAAUCCCUCAGUGACUCCCUCUACGACAGCCUGUCCUCCUGUGGCAGCCAGGGUUGACAGGCCCAAGGGCCCAUGGACAAAGAGGGGAGCAGAGAGAGAGGCGGACCGACCGACACCCUUUAAACCCCUGCUAUGAGGCACACCCAUCCCUUCUUGUAGUGGUGGGGCCAGCCCCUGAGGCAGACGGAGUUGAAGUACCUCCUCCCUCUUCCACAUACACCUCUUUCUGCCGACCCUCUCUGUGUUACUGAGAUCUGGUUAAUACUGCUGGAAAACUCACCCUCAGGUUGACUGAUGUUCACAUACAUCAUUUGAGGAACUAGGCUGAGAAUUGGACACCGUUGUCCUCCAAGCAACAAGCAUCAUAGGACAGACCAGCGCAACUCAAAUGUACACACAGACACAUAUACAGUUGAAGUCGGAAGUUUACAUACACCUUAGCCAAAUACAUUUCAACUCCGUUUUUCACAAUUCCUGACAUUUAAUCCUAGUAACAAUUCCCUAU